AUGGCACAUGACUUCUGGAAUAGAAAGGAUUUUCAGCUGACACAUGACUUCUGGAAUAGAAAGGAUUUUCGACUGGCUCAUGACUUCUGGAAUAGAAAGGAUUUUCAGCUGACACAUGACUUCUUGAAUAGAAAGGAUUUACGGCUGGCUCGUGACUUUUGGAAUAGAAAGGAUUUUCAGCUGACACAUGACUUCUGGAAUAGAAAGGAUUUACGGCUGGCUCGUGACUUUUGGAAUAGAAAGGAUUUUCAGCUGGCACAUGACUUCUGGAAUAGAAAGGAUUUUCAGCUGACACAUGACUUCUGGAAUAGAAAGGAUUUUCAGCUGACACAUGACUUCUGGAAUAGAAAGGAUUUACGGCUGGCUCGUGACUUUUGGAAUAGAAAGGAUUUUCAGCUGACACAUGACUUCUGGAAUAGAAAGGAUUUACGGCUGGCUCGUGACUUCUGGAAUAGAAAGGAUUUUCAGCUGACACAUGACUUCUGGAAUAGAAAGGAUUUACGGCUGGCUCGUGACUUUUGGAAUAGAAAGGAUUUUCAGCUGACACAUGACUUCUGGAAUAGAAAGGAUUUUCAGCUGACACAUGACUUCUGGAAUAGAAAGGAUUUUCAGCUGGCACAUGACUUCUGGAAUAGAAAGGAUUUUCAGCUGACACAUGACUUCUGGAAUAGAAAGGAUUUUCGACUGACUCAUGACUUCUGGAAUAGAAAGGAUUUUCAGCUGACACAUGACUUCUGGAAUAGAAAGGAUUUACGGCUGGCUCGUGACUUUUGGAAUAGAAAGGAUUUUCAGCUGACACAUGACUUCUGGAAUAGAAAGGAUUUACGGCUGGCUCGUGACUUUUGGAAUAGAAAGGAUUUUCAGCUGACACAUGACAUCUGGAAUAGAAAGGAUUUACGGCUGGCUCGUGACUUUUGGAAUAGAAAGGAUUUACGGCUGGCUCGUGACUUUUGGAAUAGAAAGGAUUUUCAGCUGACACAUGACUUCUGGAAUAGAAAGGAUUUACGGCUGGCUCGUGACUUUUGGAAUAGAAAGGAUUUUCAGCUGACACAUGACUUCUGGAAUAGAAAGGAUUUUCAGCUGACACAUGACUUCUGGAAUAGAAACGAUUUACGGCUGGCUCGUGACUUCUGGAAUAGAAAGGAUUUUCAGCUGACACAUGACUUCUGGAAUAGAAAGGAUUUUCAGCUGACACAUGACUUCUGGAAUAGAAAGGAUUUUCGACUGGCUCGUGACUUCUGGAAUAGAAAGGGUUUUCAGCUGAGACAUGACUUCUGGAAUAGAAAGGAUUUACGGCUGGCUCGUGACUUUUGGAAUAGAAAAAGCUAUACUAUGAGUAAUAUUUGUGAUUAA